GAACUGCAUUGUUGGAGAAGUUAGAGAUUGCAGAUCAGAAACUGGAUUCACACAACUACGUAGAUAGCCUGUGUGCAGCACAGCUCCAGAGUUGUGCCCAUAGGAUCUAAAAAGAAGAGACUCUCAGGACAUCACAGGGUUAAAAAAGGCAAAGACUCUCCAGUUUCCAAUAAACAGCAGAGAGUAAUAGGAUGAGUUUGAUCAUAUCCAUCAGACCCUAGAAGAUGAACUUCAGCAACAGCGUGAAUCCAUGCAACGUACUAAAGAGACAAUGAAUAAGUCCCAUAAGGAAGAGCUGGAAAAAGAGAAAGUCUUACGAGAGAGUGUAGAACGAGACUUGGAUGAGGCUGCGCAGAGGCUACAAAUGGCUCAUGAAGAGAUCCGGAGGUUGACCGAUGAACUGGAUGUGCAGAAAAAGGAGCAAAGCAAAUUGGAAUCUGCUUUGCGGUCAGCCUCCCAAAUGACUGAGAGCUGGAAAGAAGAGAAGAAUAAAUUGAAAGAUAGUGAGAGGACUGAGCUUCAGAAGGCCAUGGAACACAACAACAGGUUGGAUAAGGAAAUUCUAGCAUUGCGUGAUCGGGUGCGAUCACUUGACUCAGAAAGAAGAGUGUUCCUGGAACUGGUUGAUAAGCUCAAAGAGGAGAUUUGUGAGUAUCAAAAGAAUGAGAAACCAGGACAAUUAUCCCCUGAAAUGAAUGAAGAAGCUGCGGGCUGCACAGGACAGAUGCAGGAUAAAAAGGAUAAAGUGAGGGCUGAAGAAACGUUUUUUGCAGCUGAAACUGCCUCAGAUCAGGAAAGCAGAGAUCAGAAUGAUGAGGCCCUUCAUAAAAGGUGCCAAGAGGUGAUUAAAGACAUCGAAAACAAGAAUUCUCAGCUUCUGAACAAGUUAGAGAAGGUGAAGCAGGAGCAUGAGGACUUGAUUGAGCGUAAUGAAGAAUUAGAGGCAAUUCUGGGAGAGACUCAGAACCAGACCAAAGAAGAGAGGGAGCAUUUUGAGUUUGAAGUUGAAGGACUUCACAUGAAAAUCACAAGUUUAGAGGAAGAACUACUCAAGAUGCAGAAGAAUAAAAUUGAAGGCAGUGCGCAAGAUCAAGAAAGAGCUACAAAAGUGCAGGAUUUCCAAGAGGUGCUGAAAGGUCAUCAGGAGAUGGUUGAAGUACUUGAAAGUAAGCUGUCAGAGGAGAGAGAUUGGAGAAAGCAACUUGCAGCUGACCUUGAAAUGACGCAGAAAGCGUUGAAGGCUGAAAAAACGGAAUUACAUAACUCAAAGGCAGAGCUUGUGAAUCUUUAUAAUGAGCUCCAGAGUCUCCAAGAUGCAGUAGAAGAAAGAGAUGCCCAUAAUGUAGCUCGUGAGAAACUACAGAUGGAAAAUACUUUACUAGAAACAAAGGUAUCAGAGCUUUCACAAGUAUGUGAACAAUUAAACAAGCUUGUUCUGGAACAGAAAACAACAGAUGAGAGUUUUAGUGCAAAUGAAACAACAUGUAAAGAGCUGAUGUGUAAAGCAAAAAUACUGGAAGAACAGAUCCAAAACCUGGGGGACGAGAGACAACAGUUAUGUGCCAAGUUGUUAGGGAGCAACAAGAAAAUAGAGGAGUUAGAAAAGCAGGUGAAGAGAAGCAAUGAAGAAAAACAGCGAUUACGGGAAGAAAAUGCCCAGUUAAGGCAAGACGUUCUGGCUGCAAGGGAGCAAUUGAACACCAGAAGUGAAGAGUCUGUAGAGAGCACACAAGAGAGAAGUCAUGGAGGGAACUGGCCUCUCAGACCAAAGUGCCCUGAAGACAGUCCAGAGGGGAUUAUCAAGCAGUAUCUGUCUGGAGAGAGACUCUUACAGCAGCAUCAAGAGGAAAUGCAGCAACUGAGACAGGAUUUCCAUAGAGUUCAGAAUUUGUGCAGCUCUGCUGAGAAGGAGCUAAGAUAUGAAAGAGAGAAAAACUUGGACAUAAAGAACCAUAAUACCUUGCUCCAACAGGAAAUCGCCAAGGUUAAAGCUGAACUGAGACAGACCCAGCUGAAGUUGUCUGACUCGACCAAAACGUGCUCUUCUCUCACAGUGCAGUGCGAGCAUAGCCAGCAGAAGUUCAGGGAACUUGAACUCGAGGUGCUGAAGCACUCUCAAACCUCUAAGCAGCAGAGCAGCCUGCAGGAGAAGCUUGCACUGGAGAAAUCUAGAGCAACUGACAUGGAGAAAAAGAUUUUGGAGCUACAGCAGAAACUGAAGGAGUCUCAGCACCAGCUCUGCCUCGCGGAAACCCACGUGUUGGGAAGGAAGCAGCUGGAGGAGGAAGUGAAAGAGGCCAGAGAAGGUGAAGCUCAGCUGCAGCGCCAGCUCCAGGAAGAGCAGUGGAAAAGGAAGCUCCUGGAUCAGCAUGCGGAGGAGCUGCAGCAGCAGCUCCGGCACUCGCAUGAGACGGAAACAUCACUGGCCAAGACUCGUGCUGAGCUUCAGGGCAGGUUUCAACAGCAGGAGGUGCAGCUGCGGGUGCUGGAGGAUGAGAAGAAAACAGCGCUCACCGAGCUUCUCCUUUGUCAAAAAAGCAGUAAGAAGCUUUCAGAGCAGCUGUCAGUGCUGCAGCAAGAGAAAGAAACUCUCCAUGAGGAAUAUGAUCGUCUCUUGAAGCAGCUAGAUUUGUACGUCAGGAAGCACAAUGAGAGGCAGCUCCGUCACAAGGCCAAGCUCCAGAGAGCCAAGGAGACUUUUGUUCAUGAGGUGAAACAAAGAGAUGUGAAGAUCAAACAGCUUGAAGGUGACAUUUUGCUUUCAAGGAGCCAAACAGGAAAGGAACAUGCAUUGAUCAAGCAGGUCACCACAGAGAAUGACCAUUUGCUCCAGGAAAACAGAAAACUCUUACAGCAGCUUAAUGAGCAGGAAGAAGUUGGCCGGAACAACAAGCGGAUAAUUUCCACAAUUCAGAGCAGAGUGCAGUUCCUGGACAAAGAAAACAAGCGACUGCAAGAAAGCACCAUACAGCUGUCCAACCAGGUUGGGGGUCUGGAGCGGGCUCUGAGGAACAUUCAGACUCAUGGCGUAGAGGACUUGAGGAGCAUUGGCUUCUCUGAAUGCCAGCUACUAAGUAAAAUGUUGCCACUUCCAAACACAAGCUUCUCAGCAGCGGGGCCGCCGGACUCGCUCAGCGUGCUGAGAGCCAUUCAAGAAACCAAGUCCAACGAAGGUGCUGAAAGCCAAAAGUCCUCGUCUUCCUUAUCGCCAUCUCAACCUUCUGAGAUCGGCUACCUGAACGUGGUGUCCCCUGGAGACACCGCCAGCCUCCAGACGCAGGAAGAGAGUCCAAGUUUCUGCUGUGAUGAUGUCUAAGGGCCUCUGGCAAGCAGCUGAGCUCUUUGUGGACUGCAGGAGCUGGCCUCCCUUGCCACUGGGCACAAGGAGGUGAGAGGGGCAUUUGCCAAAUAACGUAUUACAUGGAUUUUGAGACACCUCUCAACUAAAUUAUUCGGUGACUAUUUUUCAGCUGUUUGCCCAGCUCAACAUCUUGUCCCAAAUCUGUCAGAUUUUUUUUUAAACUCAUAAAGUAAUUCAUUAAAAUGUUAUUUU